AAAAACUCAAUCGCUACCUCGAAACUACUUUCGAUCACCAACUUCGGGGGAGUUCCCCGGUGCAGAACUUAGAAAUCAUCUUUUGCUUGUAUUAUAAUGGGCGGUUUUGCAGAAAACUAUCUUAUUUGCUGUGGUUUUGCUAGAAUUAGGCAGACUUUCUGCAUUUUUCUUGAUUUCUCGAAUAUCAAUGUAUCGUAAUCGAGAUGUCUAAUCAGACAAUGAGCCGAGGUGAUGAUCAGUUUUAUAAUCACUGGCUUGGUAUAGCCAAAACAAUCUUCUGCAGUGCCUUCGUUGAUCAGCUUGUGGAAAUGAACUGCUCUGAUGUAUGGAGACAAUUGCAACAGAGUCGCAAUUAUCUACAUGGGGAUAAAGAUGGUCAGCAGUUACAUCCAGAUGCCAACAUCAAAAUAUGGGAAACAACAUUGGGCAUUGACCACAAUGAAAUCAAACGUAUUUCCAAGACUAGUUCAGAUGAGAAGGAACAAAAGUAUCAAUUGGCCGUUGCUGCUAUACAGAAGGCAGUUGAUGAUUUUCGAGACUGCCAACGACGAAACAGGGCAUUUCAUGAUUUACAUGGGGUUGCACGAUCGGAUAGUGAGGAGUGUGAUAACUUGGGAAAUAUACACAGUGUAGCAGGCACAUCCUACAUUGACAAUGUUGAAAGCGAUACGGAUACCAUAGCUGGAUGCUUCAAUUCAAUGACAACAACUUCAGACCUGUUGCCCUCUUUCCCUCGUUUCCAGUUCGAUUUGAGUGAACUGAAAACUUACACACGUCCACGCCCAAGUUUUAAAAAAUAUAAAAGCUUUAAGGAUAUCUUAGAAUGCGUUCAAGGCGGAGAAAACAGAGUUAUUCAUGUUUACGGAAUGUCAGGCAGUGGAAAGUCUCAAGCUGUUCGAGCAGUGUGUGAACAUUUGGACAAAACUAUAGGAAACUUCAUCAUAUUUCAUGUCCAGUGUCAACGGGAUAUGGAUCUUGUUAAAAAAAAGUGGCAAGAAUUUAUAAAUUCCCUUGAAAGAGCUGGCUUGUUAACAAAUGAUGACAAACAUGAUUUAGAAAUAGAUGGAGAAGAUCUCAAAAUGCAAAGAGCUAUCCAUAUCUUCAAGAAAUUUAAUCUUCGGGCCCUUUUUGUUGUGGAAGAUGUAACAAAAGAAGAAAAUAACCUUGUUCAAAAAUGUGUUACAGCAGUUUUAGAUCAGUCUGAUGAUAAUCAAAUCAUACAAAUGGUCACUGUUGAUCAGGUGAAGAAUGCAUUUUAUAUUCAAGAAGAUAUUGAUGCUUUGAACAAUUAUGUUGUGCAGCAAGUAACUGGUUUUACAGAAGAAGAAGCAGAAGAGUUUUUAAACAUUCCAAAUCAGAAUUCCAGCAAAAAAGAAAGACAACAAUUGGCUAAAGUUCUUGCAUAUUCACCAUUGAGACUGUUGCUUGCAAAAAUUUACUGCCAAACAUACGGCGAAUCUUACAAAAAGUACUUUGAGGGUUUAGGAAAAGAUCAAGAUGUCAUUGACGUAGAAAAGAAAAUAAUGGAUGAACAUCCAGAAUUGCAUGGGUUGGGUGAAAAUCAUGGCUACGAAGUUAUAUUGAAAAUUCUAAAGCCAAGGGAAGAGGGAGGAGAGAAAGAAAAGAGAGAAGAGAGGCAAUUUGAGGUCAUAAAAAUGAUGUCCUUUCUCAACAAUGAAAAUAUACCAGAUUUGCUUAUUGGGAGGCUAUUUCAAGCAGUUGAGGAAAUAAGUAAUGAACAAAUACAAAAAGAAGUCAUGUACUUACUUCAGAAAUUAGAAAGCAAGUGUGAUGCAAGUGUAUGUGAUACCAAAUUAUCACAUGAAUAUGGUAAUCAGUUGCUAAACAUUCACAUGGAUAUCCUUCAUGCGGUACGAAUGAGUAUGUCAGAGGAUGAAAAAGCAAAAGUUCUUGUGAACGUUGUGCAGGCCAUGAUCAGUUUAGUUGGGAAGGAAAACAGACUUCGAACGGAUUCUGUUCUUCUGUAUGACAUGUUGAACCACAUGAAUCAUGUUACUGAAUUAGGAGUUCAAUUCUUGGAAAAAGAGUAUAAACUGGAUACACCUAAAAAGGAAAAUUUUGAAUUACAAAUGAGUUUGUCUCGUUUGUAUGAAGUUUUAGGAUUUGCAACUACUCAACAUUCUCCAGUUACAAAGGAUGACAAUUUUGAGAAAGCUAUUGAUUACUUAUGGAGUAUUGCAUGCUGUUAUACUGGGAAUUCAUUUUUUCGUUUAUGCCCUGGAAACCAUACAACAAAAGCAGCCGAAUUAAAGGUACUUUUACACUAUGGAUGUGAUAAGAACCCUCACCAGACAGCUAAAAAGCAUAAAAAACUGAAAAAGGCAAGUGAAAAAAUACCGCUAGAAUUUAUCCAGAGAAAUUGCUCGAGGUUGUUUCCAGUCACAUCUGAUUUGCUAGGAGGUAUGAAGAGAAAAAUAGGAGAAAAACAACAAAAAGAAAUGGCAGAGACAUUGAAAAAACAACGAUAUUUAACAGAUUUGCAAUUGAAAACUCUCCAGGGAAACAACUGUCUUUUAAAACCAAAUGUGCUAAGAAGUAUAUACCUCACAGAACGCAUUGCUUCGAUAUUGCAUUCGAGAGGUCGUCAGGUUUUAUAUUUGAAAAAUGAUAUAACAAGAGAAGAGCAGAAACGCUAUGAAUGGUACACUGAGCUUGGAUUAGAGUUAUGUAAAAUUAUGUAUGAAGACACCAAAGUCAAAUCUAUUUUCGAGUAUAUCCUUGUCGCAAACAACAAACUUCCAAGAAUGUUGCAUUCUCGGCAAAAUGAGACAGAUGAUGAAUUUUGGGAGCGAAUUGAAAAAGCUAGGCAACUUGCAAUGGCUUUGAGAGAUGUGAGGGAUGAUUUUUAUGAGCAUGGAAUCUACAAACUUGUUUCAGGAACGCCAUACACGAUCCUGAAUGCUAUGAAAUACCUUGUUAAAGCGAUCACCAAACUGUACAAAAAAAGGGAGGUGGCUCAGCAGCAUCCAAUUCCAACUGCAAUCGCUGAAUGUGAGCAAGUAUACAAAAUUGCAAAAGAAAAUGCCGCUGAAUUUGUGGUUGCUUCUAGUUGUAUUGUCCAUGUUGGGAAGUUCUAUGCAGCAAUUGGAGAGUAUGAGAAGGCACUGGAAGUAUUUCAUCUGUCAUUUAAUCAUGAAAAUGGAAUAAACUCACAGUUCAAUAAAAACCCCAACAUAUUUGCUUGGGCUUUAUAUAAUCUUGGAAGAGCCAUAAUAGCUGGAUAUGGAAAGAUUGAAGAUGGUGAGAAGCAGAAAAAAGAAUUUAUGAGGAAAUACGAUCUGCUUGAUAUUCCAAAGCAAUUGAAACCGCUCUUAGAUGAAACAAAGUAUAUUCUGGAAAAAACAGACUUUUCUUGCUGUUGUUGAACCUAUCUUGCCCAUAUCAAUGACUCCAAUAUUCACUAAUGAUUAUUGCAUCAUAUGUUUUCAUAUUUUUCCAGUAGCUUUUAUAUUAUAGAGCAGGGGUGUGCAACCUGCCAGAAGCGGCCCUUGAGGAUUUUAUGCGGCAUGCGGGAAAGUGACAAUUUUGAAUGAUGUGCGGCCCGCGAAACAGGUUUUCAAUCUUUUCGCAUUGCGAAGCCUAAACCUGAGUCCAAUUUAUCUAUGCCUAUAACUUUAUAUUGCCUCAACAGCUAGCUUAUGCAAAGGGUUGCACACCCCUGGUUUAGAGUUUAUAUUCGUAUAGCAUCACUAUAUAUGUCUUAUUUUUUUGUUAGUUUUUAUUUAUCUUCAAUAUAUUAAUUUUACCUGUAUGCUCGAAUGUAUUUAUCCCAUAAUAAAUGGAUCUUGAUUUCCCCCCAAGUCUUGAUUCCUGUGCAGAAGUUUGAACUUGCAUUUCUUGGGAAGUUAGAGCCGAGCCCCAACGACAAGGUGCUCCUAUUUGUGCCAUUGCCUAAAUUUGUUUAUUCAUAUCAGUUCCAACUAGACCCAUGCAUGCAAGUAUGCACAUAUGACAAGUUAUUUCGGAUAUUAUCUCGAAAUUAAAUAAGGUUUGUUUUAUCUGCAUUGUCACGUUUUUUUGCUUCAUAUAUAUAUGGUAAGCCCAUAGUGUCUCAGAAAUCCUGCUGAAGAUAUCUUUUCUAAUACCUCACAUUGUUGCAUAAACAUUUUACUCAUUUACAGUUUGUGGAUUAUUGUAUAUUUGCAUCAUGGAUUGAGAUCUUUUAUUCAAUGAUGGCUUUUACCCAUAUCACUGAUUGAUUUGCUAUACAUAAAUAUUAGAAAAAUACAACUUGC